AUGAUAUCAUGGAUGAUUGAUAAAAAUGAUAUAAAAUCAUCAUAUUUAUUCGAAACACCUGAAAAACAAGGAAAAGUGCCACGACUAUGGCGAAUUUCUAUUAAUGAUUGGAAUCCAGGUCGUAAUCUUGGAACUCUUGAACGCAUUUGGGAACGUUUUGGAUAUGAAUAUGUUAAUGGAUCAAAUGGUGAUGAUUGGGAUAUUUGUUGGAGUCAUGAACUUCCUUAUGGUCCUGGCGUAAUGAUGAAAUCUUCACAAUAUGAUGACAUUUUAAAAACUCCUUUAAAGCCACAUCAACGUGUCAAUCAUUUCCCAGGAAUUAAUUAUCUCACAUCAAAAAGUUUCCUUAGCAGCAGCAACCGUGAUCUUAAAUAUAUUUUGCCAGGUUUCUUCUUUCCACAAAACAUUGACGCCUUUAAAAAAUAUGUCAAAGAAAAUCCUGAUGUAAGAUUUGUUGAAAAAAAGAAAUCAAAUCGAGGAAUUAAAUUGGUUGAAAUUGAAGACAUUAAUUUUGAUCAAAGUGAUAAAUAUUACCAAAAGUUUAUGGAGAGACCUUAUUUGGUAGAAGAUCGUGCUAUGGAUAUGGGAAUUUACGUAUUAAUUGCUUCAAUAAAUCCUUUGAGAAUUUAUCGUUUUACCGGAGAUAUUUGGUUGAGAUUCUGUCGUGAUCCUUAUUAUCCAUUUAAUGCUAGUAAUGUAUAUUCAUACGCAAUUUCUGACACGCGUAAACUUUUUUAUGAUAUUCCUGAACUUAAUUCUUAUUAUGAUCAUUUUGGAUUCUCAUUCCUUCUCACAUUGAUGAAUUAUUUAGAAAAAAGAGGUGUCAAUAUAACUGACAUGUGGCGUAAAAUUGAUGAUGCGAUUGUACAAUCAAUUAUGAGAAGUGAACCAGGAAUGAUAAAAGAGGUUUGUAAAUAA